AUGAAAAAUGGAAAAUCUGGUGAAGACGACGGGAUUAGCACAGAAAUGCUGAAAUAUCUUCCUCUGUCUGGGAUUCGUGAGAUGACAAAGAUCACUCGUUCAAUAUGGAUAGAGGAAAGGAUACCUGACUCAUGGAGAUACGCUAUCAUAAUUCCCCUCCACAAGAAGUUAUCCGUCACGGACCCUAUGAAUUAUCGAAGAAUUUCUUUGCUGCGUGUUAUGUACAAGAUGUUGGAGCGUAUUAUCCUGGACCGACUCACUAAGCAUCGCGAAGAAACAACGCGCGACGAGCAAGCUGGCUUUCGUCCUUGCCGAUCUACAAUUGACCAGGUGUUAAUCGUCAGAAGAGUGAUCGAAAUCUGGCAGCGGUAUUCGAAGCCAGUGCAACUAGCGUUCCUGGACUUUGAAGCCGAUUUCGACUCUCCUUAUCGAGGCGGUCUUCUCAACGCGAUCCGCGCCGAUAGAGUACCAGGAAAGUUCGUUCGCUUGCUUGAUGACAUGAAUCAACGAACAACUGCAGCAGUUCGAACGCCAGCCGGAUGUACAACACCGUUUGAGGUGGUAACUGGAGUAAGGCAAGGGACAGUGGCAGAAUGA